CUUGUUGCAGAAGAAUGAGUUCAGAAAAGAAUAUGUUGGUUGAGGAUGAUCAUGAAGACAUGUCCAGUGAUGAAGAAGAUACCAACGCAGCACAGGCGGGAGCUGUUGCACUUCUUAAAGAUCCUGCAGUAUUAGCUGCCCUUCAAGGAAAGCUUGGAAGCAUGGUCGGUCAAAACAGUGGAUAUAUCGCCUCCCUGCCAGCCCCCGUUAAACGCAGGAUCAAGAGUUUGAAAAAGCUCCAACUUGAGGCAACUAAUAUUGAAGCAAGGUUCUACGAAGAGGUUCAUGAGCUAGAAGUCAAAUAUCACAGUCUUUAUCAACCAUUAUAUAACAAGCGGGCAACAAUCACAAAAGGAGAUUAUGAGCCGACAGAGGAGGAAUGUGAUUAUCCAUCAGAUUCUGAAGAUGAAGAAGCUGAGCUUUCAGAGGAUGUUAAAGACAAGAAGGCAAAGAUUGAAGAUGAGACGAAAUCUGAAGUUAAAGAAGUAAGAUUUUAUUUAUUUAUUCAGGAGGCUGACGAACCCGCUCUAGAAUGUCUAGAAGAUAUAACCACCACCCUGACUGAGAAAAGUCCGAUGGGAUUUAGUCUUCACUUCCACUUCAAGGAGAACGAAUAUUUCACUAACUCUGUACUUACUAAGGAGUAUCAUAUGAAGUGUGAACCAAUGAAAGAUGAUCCGUUCAGUUUUGAAGGUCCGGAAAUAUUCAAGUGUAAAGGAUGUACAAUUGACUGGAAGAAAGGUAAGAAUUUGACUGUGAAACAAGUAAAGAAGAAGCAGAAGCACAAGAGUAAAGGAAAUGUUAGAACCAUUACUAAACAGGUGAAAGCUGACAGUUUCUUUAACUUUUUCGAUCCCCCUCCAGUUCCUGAGGAUCCUACAACAGAGGUUGAUGAGGAUACACAGGCCUUCCUCACAGCUGACUUCGAGAUAGGUCACUAUAUUAGAGAGAGAAUAGUACCCCGGGCAGUAUUAUACUUUACUGGAGAAGCUCUUGAGGAAGAUUCAGAGUUUGACGAGGAGGAAUCUGGCGACGAGGANUAUUUAGGAAGUGACGCAGACCCUGAUUUCGAUCCUAAGUCUGCCCCAAACCCUGAAUGUAAGCAGCAGUAAUCUCAAACUAGAAAAUCCACCAAAUCUCAGUCCAAUUCUAUGGAUUUGUCUCACUUACAGUCGUGGAUUUUCUGCAUGCCGACCUGUUCCCUCGUGUCAAACUCUCAUAUGUUAUACUUAAUUGUUGGACAUUCGUGUUGAAAAUUCGGCUGAAGAUUUUAUAGCAUUUACUGUGAUUUUUUUACCAGAGAAAUAAACCUAACUACAAGAAA